UAUCGAGUCAAUAUUCAGACGGAUAUCAAGCCUAGUGCACUUUUGCCAUAUCCUAAUGAGGAAAUGAUACUAGUUUGUCAAGCUAAGAAAUCUUUUAUUCCUUGGCCGUGUCACUUCAUUUUCCCAUUUCCCAGUGAUGUACAAAGUAAGAUGCAAACAAUUCUAUGUCAGAAUCUCAAAAUUCACCUUCAUCCUAUUUUCAAACUAAGGAUGAAGCUGCACAGCAAGAUGAUGGAAACAAACUCAUCUCACCAUCUCCGAAAUCACCUUCAUCAAUUUCAUCAUCAAAUCGGAAGUACCAAAUCACAGAUAAAGAUCGUGCCAAGCUGACCACAAACUUGGUAAAAAGUUUUAAAUUUGAAGCUUUAGCAAUGAGAAAAAGUGAAGAACAAAUCACUAUAGAAAUACCAGACUUUGUGUUCGGCAAUAAGCAUACUGUUGACAUUGAUUACAUAAACAUGCUUGAUUGGUGUUAUCAACGAGAAGUAGGAGUAGGGCACCUUUCAAUUUUUAUGAAGUAUUUGAAUGAAUAUUGUCAAGAAGAAGGUAUCUCUGGAAUGUAUGGUUUUUGUGAUGCUAAUAUGCUUUCUCCAUUAUCACCAAUAGAGAAAGAAGAGGAUCGAUCUAACUACUUGGCUAGCAUUUUCGUAUGUAAUAAUGCUAAGAAAAAAAACCAAUUAUUCAUGGCACCUUAUUACGAAAAUCGGCAUUGGAUGUUAUCAAUUAUUAGUCCAUGGAAGGGAUUGGUUUAUUGGUUAGAUCCUGCUGGUGUAGAAAAUAAAGUGCGUGAAAAUGCUCGUAAAAUUAUUUAUGAGGGGCUUGUGAAGUUUAGCAUGGUCCAUUGAAAGGAUCUCAAAAAAAUUAAAAAGAAUCCUAAAGUUGGUUGGAACAAACUAAAAUGUCCUCGUCAACCUCAAGACGCCAAAUACUGUGGAUAUUAUGUAUGCCGUUAUAUGCUUGAGACUAUUGAAAGUAGGCAACAAUUGAUUUUGGAUGAGUUUUCCCCUGGGGCUCCUUCAACUUAUUCUCAGGAGAGCAUUGAUCAAGUUCGAGAUUUAUGGAUUUCUUACGUUGUCAAACAUAGGCAACAAAAAUUGGAGAAGGAAGCAGAAGAUUUGGAUGAUGUGUUAUAAGGUUAUAUCGAUGGAAAUUAUUAAAGAUUAGAAUUCAUGAAGAAUUUUGAUGACAUUUGACUUUUGGAAUAAGAUAAUUGUAUAGUUGAAUUAUAGUCUAUAUAUAUGAUGAAAUGGUUUAUAAUUUUUGCUGUUGGUAUAGCAUGUAUGAACGCGUAUAUUUAAUGGUUUAUAUGGA